CAAUCUAAAAUCCAAAAAAACACACGAAUCCCUAAAACUAAAGGCCAAUUUGGAUAUCCAGUGUCUACUCAGCAUCACCCAUCACCCACCAUUUUUUAUAUUCAUUCUUAUUCUUUAUUACUCAUAAUAAUUAAAUUAAAUCUAAAUAUUAUUCUAAUCUCAACAACAACAACACAAUCUUUUUCAGAUUCAAAACCAUCACUGUUAUUUUUGGAUUGACCAUAAAAAAAAAAAGCUUCAAACUUUUGAAUUUCUCAGCUGAAAUUCACGUGUUUCGCUUACUGGGUCAAUCUCAUCUCAUCGCUAUGCGUGGAGUUGAAGGUUGUGCCGUACGAGGCGGUAACAUCUACUGGGGAAGAAAACAUGACACUGAUUUCAAAGGAAUCGUUGUAAUCUUUGCUUGGGUUUCAGUUCCACAAAACCUGUUACGAGAAUUCGUUGACCUUUACUCUUCUUUGGGUUGGAAUUCUCUUGUUUGUUAUGCUCAUUAUCUAUCCGCGUUCAAUGAGGAAAGUGCAGUGCCAUUGGCAUUUUAUGUUUUUGAUGAACUUAUCGAGGUGCUAAGGACCAGGCCAUGUCCUGUUGUGUUUGCUUCUUUUUCUGCUGGGUCGAAAGCUUGUCUGUACAAAUUAUUUCAGCUUAGUGAAGGAAGAUGCACAGCUCCACUCAACUUGCAUGACUGUCAAUUGUUUAGGAACUGUGUUUCUGGACAUAUAUAUGAUUCUGGUCCACUAGAUGUUACAAGUGAUUUUGGCUUCCGCUUUUCUCUACACCCUUCCAUUGCAAAAGUGCCCGGACCAUCAAAGCUUGUUUCUUGGGUAGCAAAGUCUGUUGCAUCUGGUUUGGAUGCUUUAUACUUGACUAGAUUUGAAUCUCAAUCAGCUGAUCAUUGGCAGGCUUUAUAUUCUUCUGUUAAUUUUGGGGCUCCAUUUCUCAUUUUAUGUUCGGAGAAUGAUGAACUUGUGAGAUAUCAAAGUAUCUAUGAUUUUGCUCAACGAUUACGCAAUCUCAACGCUGAUGUCAAUCUUGUAAAUCUGAGAAGCUCAUCUCACGUUGGUCAUUAUGAACAUCAUCCAAUCCAAUACAGAGCUGCUGUGAGCCAUUUAUUGGAGAAGGCCGUGUCAACGUAUUCACGAAAAGUGAUACUUGAACAAGAAAGGACUGGUAUCGAUGGUAUGCACGACGAGAUAUCUGAGUUAAUCUGUGACCUGCAGAAAGUUGCAAUUAAUUCAAAUGAGAGUUUUAGAAGAGUUGCAGUGGGACCAAGUGACCACUUCUUUUUGCCUAGUUCAGCAGGACAUAACAACAAUGAUAGAGAAUCUGUGAUUCCACGGGACGAACAGAAAGAAGAACCUGUUUGUGCUCCCAGCUUCCCAAGCAUCAGCGCUCAUAGUGUCCUUGGGCAAUUUCUUUUUGACGUUUGUGUUCCAAAGAAUGUUGAAGGUUGGGAUGAUGUGAAAUUUUGUGGGAAUCGAAAUGGGAGGUCACGUGUGUCACCUUUUAGAGGAAUUAAACGCAUUGGUCGCUCUAGGUUAUGAAUGUGCUCUCUUAAAUCUGACUUGAGAAGAUACUUUGUGGUAAUUUUGUUUGAAGCAUCGUGAAUUUUACGAGACAAAGGAGGAUAUGAAUAUGAUAGAUUUUGGUGCAACAGUGGGCCGGCCGUUGUAUCGUAUCUGGCAGUGCAAUGGUUGCGGUGAUUCAACUAUCGGUUCUGUAGUUGAAUGUGAAGAUUGAUAUGGAUAAAGAUCGUUUGAGUUCCAUCAGAUUUGAUUGCCGUAGAUAUAAACAGGUGAUCAUAAGUUAUAAUUGUUGUCACUCAGGAAGGGGAGUGGUUGAUUACUUACUGUUAGAAAUAAACUGGGUGAUGUUUGACUAAGGUAACUACUCCAUAGGUAAUAUAAUUGUUUGAAAUGGAAAAAGAUAUACUGAGAUAUUUAUAAUUUUCUUUUUGACAAUUCUGAGGUGAGGUAUAUAUAUAGUUAGAACAUGAAAAUCUUUGUGUCUGUAUAUAUCUGUGGGAAUAAAUAGGCCAUGUUUAAGGCUUAAAAAUUGUAAAUUAGACAUGUCUAACAUGUAAGAAAAGCAGAAUAUUCCGGUGUUUUACUUUGUUUG